CGAUAACCAUCUCGGUGACAAGGAUAUGGACGAAUUGCUGCCGUCGUAUGGCGGCAACACCACACCCCAAAUCAUACCCAACGCAUCCUUUGCUUGCGCUGCAUGCUAUCGCAAAAAGCGCAAGUGCGACAGAAAGCUGCCGUCAUGUAGUCGGUGUCUCAAGUAUGGCUUGCAUGCUAGCAUAAGGAACAAACUCUACGGCAAUCUGCCACAACUAACACACUAUACUACAGAAGCAACAAUGAUUGCCUAUACCUCACCACACAGACACCAAUACCAACAGCGGCAUCAGCCUCCAGCGGGUCUUUACCCUUGUCAAUGCUCCUCGAUCAAAUGGGAAGCUAUGACCUAGAUGUUGGCAUAGGAAAUGAGGUAUCGCAGACUCUACGAGAUCUAUCACUCACCCCCUUCCAAGUCGUAGAGAAUUACGUUCGCCUGGUCCAUCCGUGGUUGCCAAUUAUCAAGUCUCCACGCCUGACAACCCAGCUGGAAACAACACAGCGAGAUCAACCAUUGACUUUGAAGGCUGAAACUGCUGCUCUGCUUCUGUUUAUCCAUCUGGCGACACAAUCAUCAUCAAAUGAGCGAGCACACAAUUCUGACUUGCAGCGCAAAGUCUACAAGCAAUGCCAGUCAAUGUUUACUCUGUUGCAGGCGUUUAGGCGAUCUGCUCUGGAAACAAGGCAGUGUGGAGUUCUCCUAACAACUUAUCAACUGGGAGCUGGCUUUAUUUCAGAUGCAUAUGUGACAUUAUCUACAGCUUCUGGCCUUGUCCACGUCCACCAGCCGUGUCCGUUUGCUAGAGAGAGUUAUAAAGACGAACGCGAUGACGAGGCAAGAAGAGUCUGGUGGGCUGUAUUCCUCCUCGACCGAUUGAUUGCACAAUCCCACUGGAAGAAACGUUCCUAUCCUUUAAUCAUCGAGCAGCCACCAUGGUGGUCUGAAUUACCAAGCGAAGGAAGUCUAACAGCCGCUCCAAUACGUAUAACGGACAUAGGGACGUGUCAUUGUGAAUACUUUUGUCGUGAAAUUCAAGCAGCAUAUCUUGCUGCUCAAACUCUAGAAUACCGUUCCGAUCAUGACAGAAAGGAAGGAUUUGAGCCAGAUUUGAGUAAAUUGUCUACCCAGCUAACAACCCUGCUCAACGUGUUGUUCGAAACAGCGCCCGGCUCUUGGAGGCCUUCCUGUGGAGCCAUUGCUAUGAUCAUUGCUGCGACACUUGAUCUCCAUCUAUCUGUUUCUGGCCUUUCCACCAACAACACGCCGGCUCAGCUGGCUUAUCCAAUGGAAACCCUGGCGACUACAAUACGGAUAAACACUGAAAUAGUUACAAACUCUCUAGACGACAACGAUGACAAUGAGUUCCAAGACCGUCUCCCUAUUACAGGAGUCAUUGCAAAUUAUCGCACCGCGCUGGCGAUAUGUCACCGAGCAGAAGUCAACCAAGCAUUGACUACCGAGGAAAGAUUUCAGCUAGUGACAAUGACGAGGGCGCUUCAGCGUGGAAGACUUCGAUGGGGCUUGGCUGAUGUGUAUCUGCAAGAAAUAUCAGGCAUGCUAGAUGUUUGGUAAGAGCCAAGACCAUAUAGACAGAUGCUAUAUGGGCUUUGGGGAGUCUUCCUCCACAUCAAUAUUUGCACAGCUAUUCAGUUAUUCAUACCCACUGAAAACAUCGGCAAAGAACGAAGAGCGAGCAGGUUUCGGGUUGCAGAAAAAGAUGCCAAGCCUCUCCAUCCUGAGGGAACCCAUAUGAUUCCCAUUUGCUUCUUGCUCAAAUUAAUUAUAUCAGCUCUCAUUGUGCCGUGCCCGAGAAUAGUAACGGCUUCCGAUGCCUGAUGUAUUUUUUAUUUCUGGUGCGAGUCGGGUUGUCCAAA